AUGAGCAACCCACCAUCGUCCGGGGGUGGCCCUUCCUCGGUUUCUGCGUCAAGAACUCAAACCUUAAAGAGAAGCGUUCAGCAAGCUUUUGAUGAUCCGAAUGAUAGGGGCGUAGGCCCUAACAUGGGAUAUCAGAGUAAAGUCCGAGUCAUUGACCGUUAUAAAGUGAUCGGUUUCAUCAGUAGUGGAACAUAUGGACGCGUCUACAAAGCAGUGGGCCGUCACGGUCAGACGGGCGAAUUUGCCAUCAAAAAAUUCAAGCCGGACAAGGAAGGAGAACAGAUCCAGUACACGGGUAUUUCUCAAUCCGCCGUCCGAGAAAUGGCCCUUUGCUCUGAAUUAAGUCACGUAAAUGUCAUCCGCUUGGUCGAGAUCAUAUUAGAAGACAAAUGCAUCUUCAUGGUCCUCGAAUACGCCGAGCACGACCUCUUGCAGAUCAUCCAUCACCACACGCAGCCCACACGCCACCCCAUCCCGCCAGCCACCGUAAAAAGCAUCAUGUUCCAACUCCUAAAUGGCUGCCAGUACCUACACGCCAACUGGGUCCUGCACCGAGAUCUCAAGCCCGCAAACAUCAUGGUGACUUCCUCCGGUGAAGUACGUAUCGGUGAUCUCGGGCUUGCGCGCCUCUUCAACAAACCCCUGCACUCGCUCUUCUCAGGCGAUAAGGUCGUCGUAACAAUCUGGUACCGGGCGCCCGAGCUGCUCCUCGGAAGCAGACAUUAUACGCCCGCGAUAGACAUGUGGGCCGUAGGCUGCAUCUUCGCGGAACUCCUGUCAUUACGCCCGAUCUUCAAGGGAGAGGAAGCCAAGAUGGACAGUAAGAAAACGGUUCCAUUUCAGAGAAAUCAGAUGCAGAAGAUUGUGGAGAUCAUGGGGUUACCGCGUAAGGAACAGUGGCCGCAUUUGGUUAAUAUGCCUGAGUACGCACAACUAACUACUCUGUCCGCAUCUUCGCACCAUAGAAAUGGUGGAUCGAGUUUGGAGAAGUGGUAUUACAGUACCAUCAACUCGCACUCAGCAAGCAGCAUACCCAGCUCCAACGCAUCAUUGGGCUCGGAGGGAUACAAGCUGUUAAGCGGCUUACUGGAAUAUGAUCCCGAGAAACGACUCACUGCACAAGCGGCCCUAAACCAUAGCUUCUUCCAGAGCGGGGAUAAGGUGAGUGCGAAUUGCUUCGAGGGAAUGAAGAUGGAGUAUCCGCAUCGGAGGGUCAGUCAGGAUGAUAAUGAUAUCCGGACGAGUUCGCUGCCAGGGACCAAGAGGAGUGGGUUGCCGGACGAUUCGAGGCCGGGGAAAAGGCUUAAGGAGUGA